AUGUCCCAGCCCGCAAAGGCCCCCACAGCCCCAACUACUGCUGCCAGCCCAGCCACGGAGGGAAAGGAAAAAGGGGCACCUUCCUCAGUGCCCCCUCCUGGACCCACCCCAGCUGUGGUUCCUGCCUCUGUGCCUGUCCCCAGCUCCAAGGUUGGGGACUUGCCCAUGGGAGGCUUCAAGCUGGUGGUCUUUGAUCAGGAAAACUUCCAAGGCCGCCGUGUGGAAUUCUCAGGGGAAUGCAUGAAUCUGGGAGACCGAGGAUUUGACCGAGUUCGCAGCAUCAUCGUUAUAUCAGGACCUUGGGUGGCCUUUGAGCAGUCCAACUUCCGAGGAGAGAUGUUCAUUUUGGAGAAGGGCGAGUAUCCUCGAUGGGACACCUGGUCUUGCAGCUACCGUAGCGACUGCCUCAUGUCCUUCCGGCCCAUCAGGAUGGACUCUCUAGAUCACAAGAUCUGUCUGUUUGAAUGUACCAACUUCAAGGGGAACAAGAUGGAGAUUCACGAGGACGAUGUGCCCAGUCUCUGGGCCUAUGGCUUCUGUGACCGCGUGGGCAGCGUGAGGGUGCCCAGUGGCACGUGGGUUGGCUACCAGUACCCCGGCUACCGAGGCUACCAGUAUCUGUUUGAGCCUGGCGAGUACAAGCAUUGGAAUGAGUGGUCUGCCUACCAGCCCCAGAUCCAGUCCGUCCGUCGAAUUAGGGACAUGCAGUGGCACCAGAAGGGCUGCUUCCCCAUCCCCAGCAGUCUGCCCAAGUGA